AUGGGAGGUAGUAUAACGCGUCCUCCUGAACUAUCCCCCACCCCACCCCUUCAUACCCCCGUGCGAAGAUCCUUACGAAUUGAAAGCAGCAGCCAUGAUAAAAGCAAUGUAAACUCCCCCAACAUCCCUCAAACCCAACGUGGCGAAACUAACGCAGCGGCUAUUUCUAAUGAUGAACUAUUACGGCGCGAAAAGCUCGGCAUCCUUCUCGUGCAGCUCGGUGUCGCGAGCGAGGAGAAGAUCUUUGGAAGGUUUAAUAGUGAAGCAAUGCGUGAUUUCCAACAGGGUCGUAUUUCCGAUUUAAUUUAUAUUCCCCCCUCGCAAGAGAGGGGAGGAGACUUGGGGAGGUGGUUCAGGCCCUGGCGGUGGUUUUCCCUGCCGGCGGUCCCGCGCGGUAAAGCCGCCGUCGCUCGUUGGGUCAGCAACGCCGCGCAAAAUGAAAUGGAAAGCGAAUGGAAUAAUAACAAAAAACAAAAAACGACAAGCACCCCAAAAGAGGAAAUGAGUGAGUUAGAUUCCCCGAGGGCGGUUUCGAGUGUUGAAGAGGAAAGGUGGGGGGAGGCCCUGUCCUCGGAGGGGCGGCGAAAGCGGAGCGCCCUCCCACCCGUCCACUUUAAAAUACUUCAGGAGGAUGAGGUGGAUUCCCUCACGCCGUCCGCGAAAAGCGAUCGCGAAGUCCUCUUAAACGAGGAGGCCCAGCUCCACAAACUCCUUCAGGGGAUCGAGGACAUGCGGCGUCGGUACUUUGUUAGCUCGGAUGAAAUGCGCUGUAAAUCGCAGGUCCUCGCGGUGGUCAAAUGCUACGAGGAGGCGAACGCCUCGGCUCGAAAAAAACGCGAGGCCAUGCAAAAACAAAUCGCGAGGAAUCGAACAAAUGGAUUUCGAAAAAUAAACGACGCGGAUGAGGAGGAAACGGCUUCAAUUGUUGUCUUCGACGUCCUUGCGUGUGGAAAUGUGGUGGAGGAGCUGAGGACGUGCACGGCGCUUAUGGUAAAGACGUAUAGCGCUAGAGAGCUAUAA